GGCCGGGAGGGGAGGUUUGAGCGACACUGAGCUCGGGGCUUGCCGGCGGCGGCGGCGCUGGGGGUGGCGAGGGGAAGGCGACACUCGCUCCGCGCUGCCUUCGUGCAGAGCGACCGGGAGGGCUUUGCAGCGGCCGCCGCCGCCGCGGCGGGAGGAGGGGUUGAGGUGGCUUCUGAGUUGUCCGGAGAAGGUGGGCAUUUCUCGGUUUUCCCACCCCCUCCCCUUGUCUCUCCCUAGCCUUGUCUCCCCCUCCCUCCUGCCCCGCACCCCACGUGAAGCGGAAUAUAAAGGGGGGUGUGAGACUAGAGGGGAAAGUGAAUGGCGAAGGACUGAAGGGGUCCCCCCUUCGGGUCCCUGGCUGCCCUGUUCACCCUCGUUCAUCCUCCCUUCCCGAAGCUCGCCCUCGAAGGCAGGAGCGGCCGGCGCCUUCGGCUGAGGAGGAGGAGAAGGAGGAACCGCGCCGGGCGGAGCGUCAGGUCCCGUUUUCCUCCCCGGCGUCUUGAAUACAAAGAUUACGGUGCAGAAGGAAAUUGCGCUCGCCUCCUCCGCCCCCCGGUACCCGACACAAUGCACCAGCCGCCUGAGUCCACCGCCGCCGCGGCCGCUGCAGACAUUAGUGCUAGGAAGAUGGCGCACCCGGCAAUGUUCCCUAGAAGGGGCAGCGGUAGUGGCAGCGCCUCUGCUCUCAAUGCAGCAGGUACCGGCGUUGGUAGUAGUGCCACAUCUUCCGAGGAUUUUCCGCCUCCGUCGCUGCUCCAGCCGCCACCUCCUGCAGCAUCUUCUACGUCGGGACCACAGCCUCCGCCUCCACAAAGCCUGAACCUCCUUUCGCAGGCUCAGCUGCAGGCACAGCCUCUUGCUCCAGGCGGAACUCAGAUGAAAAAGAAAAGUGGCUUCCAGAUAACGAGCGUUACCCCGGCUCAGAUCUCCGCCAGCAUCAGCUCUAACAACAGUAUAGCAGAGGACACUGAGAGCUAUGAUGAUCUGGACGAAUCUCACACGGAAGAUCUGUCUUCUUCCGAGAUCCUUGAUGUGUCACUUUCCAGGGCUACUGACUUGGGGGAGCCUGAACGCAGCUCCUCAGAAGAGACUCUGAAUAACUUCCAGGAAGCUGAGACACCUGGGGCAGUUUCUCCCAACCAGCCCCACCUUCCGCAGCCUCAUUUGCCUCACCUUCCCCAACAGAAUGUUGUGAUCAAUGGGAAUGCUCAUCCACACCACCUCCAUCACCACCAUCACAUUCAUCACGGGCACCACCUACACCAUGGGCACCACCAUCCAUCCCAUGCUGGUGUGGCCAGUACAUCCAUUCCCGGAGGGCCACCCUCGAGUCCAGUAUCCAGAAAACUCUCGGCCACGGGAAGCUCUGACAGUGUUAUGCCAGCUGUACCAACUUCUGCUGUCUCAUCGGGUGGCUCACCUGCAUCUGUAAUGACUAAUAUCCGUGCUCCAAGUAUUACCGGCAGUAUAGGUACAAGUUCUGUUUCUGGCACGAAUACAAUGAAUACUGUUAACAUUACUGCUGUGGGUAGUUUUAAUCCUAGUGUGACGAGCAGCAUGCUUAGUAAUGCUAGUGUAAAUGCAAGCAAUAUUCCUAGUGCUGCUAGUGUGAGCGUGGGGCCUGGAGUUAGCAGCGGUGUUAAUGUGAAUAUCUUGAGUGGCAUGGGCAAUGGUACUAUUUCUUCCUCCGCUGUUGUCAGCAGUGCCCCUAACGCAGCUGCAGGGAUGACUGUGGGAUCUGUUUCAAGUCAGCAGCAACAGCCAACAGUUAACACGUCCAGGUUUAGAGUUGUGAAGUUAGAUUCUAGUUCCGAACCCUUUAAAAAAGGUAGAUGGACUUGCACCGAGUUCUAUGAGAAAGACAAUGCUGCACCUGCUGCAGAAGGUGUGGCGAUGAAUAAAGUGGUGGAAACAGUAAAGCAAAACCCAGCAGAAGUGACUUCUGAGAGGGAGAGCACUAGUGGGAGCUCAGUGAGCAGUAGUGUCAGCACACUGAGUCACUACACAGAGAGUGUGGGAAGUGGAGAGAUGGGAGCCCCGACUGUGGUGGUGCAGCCGCAGCCGCAGCCGCCAACUCUUCAAGGUAUGGCUCUUCAGCAGGUGGAUUUCAGCAGCUCUGGUCCUCCGAGUAUCUCUCAGUCGCAGAUCACUCAAGUACAAUUACAGCCUCAAGAACUGAGCUAUCCUCAAAAGCAAGGUCUUCAGCCAGUACCUCUGCAAGCCACGCUCAGUGCUGCCACUGGUAUCCAGCCACCACCUGUUAGCGUGGUUGGUGUAACUUCAGCUUUAGGUCAGCAGCCUUCCAUUUCCAGUUUGGCUCAACCCCAACUGCCAUAUCCUCAGACGGCUCCUCCAGUGCAGGCUCCCCUUCCAGGGGCCCCACCCCAACAGUUACAGUAUGGACAGCAGCAACCGGCUGUUUCUACGCAGAUGGUCCCAAGCCAUGGCAAAGCAGUGACUCAGAAUCCUGCUUCAGAAUAUGUACAGCAGCCACCGAUUCUCCAAACAGCGGUGUCCUCGGGACAGCCCAGCGCUGCAGGAGUGGGAGCAGGAACAGCAGCCAUGCCUACGGCCCAGCCACAGAGUAUCCAGCUGCCAGUGCAGCCCGCAGCAAUCCAAGCACAACCUGCAGGGGCAUCUGUCCAGCCUGUUGGCCAGGCUCAGGCGGCUGUAUCUGUUGUACCUCCUGGCAGUCAGAUUGCAAAUAUUGGUCAACAAGCGAGCAUACCUACUGCAGUGCAGGGACCCUCUACCCAAGUCACACCUUCAGUUAUUCCGCAAGGUGCUCCUCCAUCUUCACAGAUAGUCCCACCUGCUCCAACUGCGAUUAUUCAUCAGGGAGUUCAAACUAGUGCUUCAAGCCUUCCUCAACAGUUGGUCCUUGCACCCCAAAGUACCUUGUUAACUGUGCCUCCCCAGCCUCAAGGAGUAGAAUCAGUAGCUCAAGUUUCGCAGCCGUUGCCUGCAGUUAGCCCUUUGCCCUCUGCUAGUAGUAUUUCUGUUACAAAUCAGGUUAGUUCAACCGGUCCUUCUGGAAUGCCUUCUGCCCCAACAAACUUGGUUCCACCACAGAAUAUAGCACAAACCCCUGCCACUCAAAAUGGCAAUUUGGUUCAAAGUGUUAGCCAACCUCCCUUGAUAGCAACUAGUAUAAAUCUGCCUUUGGCACAACAGAUCCCACUAAGUUCUACUCAGUUCUCCGCACAAUCAUUAGCUCAGGCAAUUGGAAGCCAAAUUGAAGAUGCCAGGCGCCCAGCGGAACCCUCCUUAGUUGGCUUACCUCAGACUAUCAGUGGUGACAGUGGGGGAAUGUCAGCAGUCUCAGAUGGGAGUAGCAGCAGCCUAGCAGCCUCUGCUUCUCUUUUCCCGUUGAAGGUGCUACCGCUGACGACACCCCUGGUGGAUGGCGAGGAUGAGAGUGCUUCUCUCCUACCAGAGGUGCAAGGAGUGAUCCUAGAACCACAGAUACAGCCAAGACCACGGAGAGCUUUUGACGUCAGGGGUCCACUUUCUCCACUGAACCCUUGGAGGCAGAAUAUCCAGCUUCUGGAGAGAGUGGGAAAGGAUAAUAAACAAGUGGGUGCUUUCCAUUAUUUACUUGGGUUUAUUUAUAGAUUGGAGUGUCCUUCCAUUGCCCAUUUAAUUCUAUUGGUAUACUCCUUGGGUUCAUAUAAGAACCAAGUGGGGCUGCAAUCUGUUUGUUUUUUCUAAGAAUGCUAACUAGUGCCCAUUCAAAAAAAGAGACCUACAAUUUAUUUAAUUUUCUCUCCAGAUAAUUAAAGCAAAGUGGAUGAUUUGGGGGCACUAGAUUUUGUGACUGCCUGUGUAGUCCACAGGAAUUUUAAGAAGGAAUAUUUGCCCAUUUUAACCUUGAAUGGUAUUAGUGGACUUCUAAAUGCUCUUUUAUAUUGCAGUAAUUAAGAAGUUUUUGUAUUUCAUCUUUGGGCAAGCUGGACAUCUGAACUCUCCUAAUUUACACAGUCUGAUGUCCAGGUGAUAUCCUACCUGUUAGAACUUUUUGGUCUUUUUCCUACCUCAAACUUUAGGACUUCAUAUUAAUUAGAUCUUUUAGAAGAUAUGAUGAUAGUACCAUUAUGGUUUUACUGUCAAAUUGAGGCUUCAUUCUUUAAUAAGAUAAAUGUGAAUGAUUAUAAGUUUCAGGAUGUAUUAUCCCUGAAAGCUAUGUUAAAUAUAUACUCAUAAGUAGUUUUCCAGUCCCUAAGAAUAAUGUUAUUUGUGGCAAAAGAGCCUUGUCCUAGAUGUUUCCCAUGGCAUUAAGAUGGUUUUCUCUUAGUUUCUUUGAUGCCAAGGGUAGGAUCUGAUUCCAGGAAGUUCUUAUCAUCUACAAUGGGUAGAACAUGAACUUUGGUAUCUUUGGCAAGUUUUCAUUUUUCCUUGGUGGAUUCCUUCUGUGACUCCAGGUAUCUUGAUAAUGGGAGACCGGUUUAUUUGUUCUCUUAAUUGCCCAGAUUUCUUUCAACUGGUAAACAUCAUACUUCUUCAGCAAAAGGAACUCUUCUAGCAGAGCCUUCAUGGAUGAUAUCUGUCACACAUGCAGCACCUGCAGUUUGGAAGGCAGUGGUGAACGGAGCCAUGCAAUAUAUCUAGAAGACACAAGGAUGAGAGAGCCACCUGAUCUUGUCAUUUAUAAACUUUAAGAUUUACUCUGGUGUACUCUUGGUCUGGAAAUGGAAAGGCUCAAUAAUGAAAUAAUUUUUUGAGAUUGGAGUUUUACAUGGCCAUGCAAAUAUUCCUUUCUAUUCAGAAGACUGAAAUAGAGGAAGUAUGAGAGACUCCUUUCUUUUAAAAGCAGCUCUCUGUUUCACUUAGAAGAUUUGUGGGAUUGAAAAUCACCCUAAUGAUGCAGGCAACCCCCACCUCCCCCUUUUUAAAAAAUAUUAUAGGAGAUCCCAAAAACUUCUGAAACUGUUUUUUGUUGCCUGACACUGAAAAGAACUAAUAAAUAAAAGGUGAACUUCUUAAUGAUUCCCAAAUUACUUUUAGUAUUAGGAUACAGUCUUUUAGCUUAUCUUUUCUCUGGUCUUGAGCCUUAAUUCUUAUUUGUCUAAUCAACAAAGAUUCUAGCAUGAAGUAAAAUAGACAUCUUUUGAGAUCAAAGUAGCUUGGUCAGUCUUCUAAAAUAGUAAAUACCUAUUAAAUUUGAGGUAUUGUUCUGCAUUGAAGGCAUACUAAAGUUUGAGUGAUACUGAAAUGAAGAAAUAUUUUAUUGAGCAAAGGCAAUUAGUAGUAUUAGAAUAAGCCUCUACAUGUGAGUAAGUGUUGCAAAAUCGUUUCCCAAAUGGAAGGAGUUCUCAAAAUAUUUCUAUUUUUCUCUUUGGUACCUAUUAACUGGUCAGUCAAAAGCUAUUAAAGAAGUUUCUAAAAGUUAUCUGAUGCUGCCAGUUUGUUUUAUUUGGUAUACUUUUUAGGAAUAGAAAUUGUAGAGUUAGGAAGCAUCUAAAAUGUUUUAGGGAUCUUGAAGGUCUUAGGAACCACAUUUACUAAGUUAUAACCUGGCCUUUAGUCUUCUUUCCAUGAGACCUGUUUUUUUUCCUCGUUAAUUAUAAAUUUUUGUAUAGUACUUAAAAGUUUAAAAGAACAAUUUGAACUAAAAUAUCCAUAGGGAGCUUUGAAUUCCCGUGAAUGAUUAUAGCUUUUUAUGCUUGAUAUGUUAUUGUUAAAUAUGAAUAAGACAGUCUUUACAAACACGUAAAUUAAAACAUACCAGCCAUUUUAGAAAGACUCAGGGGAAAUGAAAGUGAAAUUUGUUUGGAAAUUAAGUUGAACUCUGAACCACAGUACCAACCAGUUUAUGGCCUGUGCGAUUAUUAGCCUUUUGUUUCAGCUUUAAAGAUGAAAAGUGAUUUAAUCUCUUAACCUCAUGCUUUGAUUAAAUUUUAGCUCUGUUCCUUAAAGUGUGCAAAAGAAAUGUAAGUGCAUUUCCAUUCACCUCAUGCUACUAAAAGCUAUUUAAAAGUGAAAAUUUUUGUAUA